AGUGAAGAUGAAGGUGUCUGUAGCCUCCGGCGCGGGAGGGGGUGGGGGGAAGGAGUAUUAGGGGAUUCCCGAACGAGGGCUCUGAAAUCGGGCGGGUCUUGCUUUUGAGUAUUGCCAAGACUCUGCAUGGUAGGGCUUGUCCCCAGCGUCAAAGGCAGAAACAACUGAGCCCCUGGACUUCUGCUUUACAUUGAAAGCUCAGGAGUGGGCGUUUCAUUUUUCCUGCAUCUGGGGAGCCUGCAAGGCUAUAUGCAUUUUGCCUUUGAGAUCUGUGCAGCCCGAUACGGAAAGCAUGAAUAGGAGAGAUUGGCCCUUCAUGAUGAUUCAGAGAAAUGACAGCUCAGAUAUCCUGGCAGUCCAUAUGAAAGAUGGAACGAGGAGCUCCCGGUAUAAGCCGGUGGACUACCAGCAGUUACGUGCCCUAACCAAAGCCACAAAGUCUGCGUCUGCUUCCACAGAGCAGAAGCUCCGAAAAGCCAUGGAGACGUCAAGGGCGGCGAAAGAGCAGAUGCUGAUCAAGCAACACAAGCAGGUGUGGUGGCAGGAACAGGAGAGACUGAAGGGAAUCAGAUGUAAAUUGGAGUCUGAAAUAAGAUCUUGUCUCAAUGAGGAGAGCAUUGGAAAUGAAUGUUUUUGUGAGCUUAUGAAUUUUGAGAAAGAGCUGUCAGAAGAGUGGUGUGUGUACCUUACAGCUGUCAUUGACCCUAUUCAGCAGCUGAGAACGGGCCUGAAGAGAUGGUGCCACACUUGUCAGAGUGCACCCUGCCAUGAGGGCUCAGAGGCAACUGAGGUUCUGGAAGAGGUUGACUUUGUCAAGAAACAAUCCAUGGCUGCCUUUGAAAGACUUCAUCAGGAGCAAUGGCACUUAGAGGAAGACCUUUUGGACUUGAGUGUGAAGUUACUAGAUCACUCUUCAGAAGAAAAACCUAACUUGCUCAGCGAACAGCCCAUGGAGUUAGUAACGUUGGACUGCCCAUACCCUGAUCUGAAAUCGUCAAUCCUUAAUGAGUUCUGUAACUUUACAGAGAGAUAUCAAGAGAAACUUGAAGAUUUUGAUCUGCAAUUAGAAGACAUUCGCAGUAACUUCCAACUCAGUGCAGAAGAGCACUGGACUUACCAGGCUGUCUUAGACCAGUAUCCCGGAAAUCUCCUUGGCAGAAGAGCUCUGUACUUGGACAUGUUGCAAAGAUAUUUCCCCCACAAGUCCAGGCAUCAUUUGGUAGAACACGAGAAAUACUGUGACCAGUAUCACUUUGCUAGAGAGCAGAGAAGAAUCCUGAUAGACAAUUGGAGCAGGAACAGGAAAGACUUUAUACAGAAAGCCAUGCUGACUCUCCUCGAAGCCUGUGCAGCCCAUGAAACGGGGAGCCUGCUGGCCAAGGACAGGAAAAGGCAACAGGAACUGUGUGCUGACCUGAAAGCCAAGAGCCGUGAUUAUCUGUGUAUAAAUGGCCGCACCGGAUGCCCUCUCAGUUCCCAGCAUCUCAGUUGGCUGAACGUCCUCAUCAGUGAUCAUGGAAAUGCCAUGGCGGAAAUCUGAAUGGAGUCUCAGCUCACCUAAAGGAACUGUGUGCCCAGCCUGAAAGUUACCUUAGCAGUGUAAUGCAGCAGCCUGAAGGCAAGCCCAAUGAGUUCAUGUGGCCUUAUUCCAACCUGAUCAAGUUCUUAAAAAUCCUCAAGUCAAAUAAUUACAAUGCAAAUAAAUAUCAACAUUUAAAGAAGAUUGGUUAAACCAAUUAGCUUUCCUUUUCCAGGGAGGAGAAAUGAGAGGGAGAACAGACAACAAGAAGAGCAGAGAGAGGGAGCAAGCAAGAGAGGCAUUCUGACAGUUCUUUAAUUUUAAAGUGAAUAGAGGCACAGACCACCAAGUCCUUGGAUGCGGACAGGCUCUGCGGAUACAGACAAGGGAUCCUGCUCAGGACUUCCAUGGUGAGGAAGCACUCCGCAUGAUGGAUAAUUCUUCAGCGUCUUCAUGAUUGCUUAUACUUUCCUGAGUCGAUGAUAGUUUCUCCAGAGG